AUGGCGAGUGGUAACUGCAUUGAAGUUCCAGUUCCAGAAGAUUUGUUUGACUCUAAAGAUGAACGUUUAGAAGUUUUAGGAUCAUUUCGUAACCGCCAGAAUGAAGAAGAAAGGCGCCUUAUCAGAGAAGGAUACAGAAGGCUUCAGGAAGAAUUAGCAGAAAACAGACAAGAUUUGGUUAAUCCAUCCAGCGAACAAGAUCUGUUGACUGAGAAUGUGGAAAAAGUUGACGAAUUGUUUAAGCGAGUUCAGAUGACAAGGGAAGGAGCACUUGAUGCAGCAAAUCUCUUGAACAUUUCUGAACUUGGCAAAACAAAAGCCCAGGCGUUAAAGACAGAUUUUGUUACGUUUAGUCCAGCGGAUUUCUGUGAUAAAGUGAAAGUAAAGUUAAUGGGAAAUUACCUCCAAGAUUCUGGCUUGAGACAUGAAAACUGGGUCUCUUUGGGCAGAGCUGUUCAACCUUACUUCAAGAAAACACCAGUUUUGCGAUACAUUGAUGCAGUUCCUCGCGUUGUCUUGAAACUUGGCAAACAGCUAUCGUCAUUAGAGGAAACAGACAGGGGAGAAUUAACGACAGCACAAGUAGAACAUCUGCUGAAUACUUUAUGGCGUGUGUACAAUAACCAAAACGAUACACCCAUCUGCUUUUUUGAGUUUGUUACUAAUCCGCAUUCAUUUGGUCAGACUGUGGAGAAUAUAUUUUAUGCAUCAUUUCUAAUCAGGGACGGUCAUGCAAGAAUCUUUCUUGACAGUGAUGAUCUACCAGUUAUAGAGCCCAUAGAGCGCAUACAAGAGGAGAAAAGAAACAUAAAACAGACUUUACAAACCAAACAAAUUGUCCUUACAAUCACACCUGAGCAGUGGAAGGAGAUUGUGAGAGUUUUUGAGAUUGAGGAACCUGUCAUUACAGAGCUGAAGAAGCCAGAGAUACUGAAAGAAAAAGCCUGGCCUCAAAACUCUGCCACUGAUAGCCAGAUACCUAAUGGUGGCCACGGAAAAGGGAAGGGAAAGAGAAAAUUAGUCUGA